AUGACCAUGGAAGAAAUUUUCAAAGGGACGAAGGAUUUUAAGAAGGAAGUGUUCGAUAAGGUCCAAUUGGAACUUAAUCAGUUCGGAUUGUUGAUCUACAAUUCGAAUGUGAAGCAGAUGGUCGACGAACCUGGACAAGAGUAUUUUUCGUAUUUAGGGCAAAAAAUCCAACAGGCAGCUGCAAAUCAAGCUAAGAUUGAUGUUUCUGAAGCAAAGAUGAAGCGACAUAGAGGCAAGGACAGGGGGAAGAAGGAGGAGAUAAAGGUGAAAACGGAGGUGAAGGUGUUUGAGAACCAGAGGGAGGCUGAAGUGGUUGAAGCAAAUGCAGAGCUCGUGAUGAAGAAUGCAAAGUGGGCCAAGGAUUCACAGGUUACAAAGGUGGAGUCAAAAAAGGCGGUGGCGCUCCGGGAGGCGGAGCUGCAGAAGGAGGUUGAGAUAAUGAACGCGUUGACUCAGACGGAGAAACUCAAGGCUGAGUUCUUGAGCAAAGCUAGCGUUGAGUAUGAAACCAAGGUACAAGAGGCGAAUUGGGAGCUUUACAGAAAACAGAAGGUCGCUGAAGCAAUUCUGUACGAGAAGGAGAAACAAGCGGAGGCUCAGAAGGCGAUGGCGGAGGCGACACUCUACUCCCGCCAACAAGUCGCCGACGGUGAGUUAUAUGCAAAACAGAAGAAAUUGAUAGAGAUGAAAAGAAGAACAACAAAAAUUCCCUUUUCUUUGUUUGUUUUGAUAGAAACAGAUGAAGGAGGUAGAAUGGUUGCAAUGGGAAGACCAACUGGAAAAAUUUCUGAAGAACAGAGGCAAAGAAAGAAACACAAUCCUAAUUUUCGAAUUUUUUGGUAA